AUGGCAAAUGACACCAUGUCAACAGUGAAGGGAAUAGGAAGUGUGAGACUGAGAAAUGAAGAUGGUUCUACUGUUUUGCUGACAAAGACUCCUCUAUAUUCGAAAUAUGCCUUUCUAGGAGCAUUACGAUCUGCAGCUCAAAUGGUCUCUUAUGAAGUCUCUAUUGGUCUUAUUCUUAUUACUGUACUAAUAUGUGUAGGUCCCCGUAAUUCGAGUGAGAUUGUCAUGGCGCAAAAGCAGAUAUGGUCUGGUAUUCCCCUGUUCCCUGUAUUGGUUAUGUUCCUUAUUUCUCGUCUAGCAGAAACUAAUCGAGCUCCGUUUGAUCUCCCAGAAGCGGAAGCUGAAUCAGUUGCAGGCUAUAAUGUAGAAUAUGCGCGGGAUGCGAUCCUUAAUAGUCCACUGUUGGCGGAAGCCAAUGUCCCGGGGUCCCGGGGACUCAUUCUGACUGAAACGAGGGGUGGGUCUUUACCAACUCAAAAAUAUUCGAUUUUUGGGAAGACAAAAAACGUGAUCGGCACUCUUCAUUCUUCAUUCGAAACUUUUGAAUGUCGGGUCGGAGGUUUCUGCCUUGUUAUCAAAAAGGAAGUUGGGUUGGUUAUAGUCAGGCCUGGCCGGAAAGUGUUCUUGCCUCUAUCAUUAGCUCGGGUAGCCCCUGUUUCUGGUCUUUUAGUCACCUUCCAAUGGCUCUUUUCCCAAUCACAUCCCCGAAAGACAGAAGGAAAGACAAAGAUUACCAUUAGGCGAAAGCAGGUCCACAAGGUGAAGACUCUCUAUCGUCAGAUCAGAUCGUUGGCAGUCUAG